AACCACAGAAUCUGUACACUUCUCCAACUUUUACAUUUCUCUACCAAAACUACAUAGUGCACCUUUAAAAUAUUCCAAUAUAUAUUGUACCGUGGAACUAUUAUAUCGCUACAUCACUAGUUGUAGAGAAUCAAGACCAGAGGACCAAAUCUUUCUCAGUUUGUCUUUUUUUUUUUUUUAAACAGAGGAUACCAAAUAAUCUUUCGUUUUUGACUUAAGAGACCCACAGCACAGGUACAGAAGAACUUACAAAGACAAUGAACAUGAUCCAAUAAACAUUACCUAACUCAAAUACAUGAAAACAGCACCAAUUGAAAUGCUAUUUGCUUUGCAGCACAGCACAGGGGAAAUGUUUCCACACUAAAUGUGUUUUAAGAAUAUGACUGUUGCUUUGUCUCCUUUCUACACAUUGAGUGGUCAUGAAAACCAUCCAGUCCUUUAAAAAAAAAAAUAAAAUUGGCCUAGAAUGUAAAAACACAGUACAGUAUCCUACAUUUAGAUAAUUUAUCAUUUAACAAUAAACAUGCUCCAAGUAAAUAACAAGUAUCUCUUAUAUGCUACAGACAAAAAAGGUGUGAUAUCCCCCAUUGCUUGAUUUGGUUUCCUGCCCACAUAGUUUCCAUUAAGCCACAAAAGGUUGUAGAUAGAGUGCUACUUGCAAGAUAGAUCCUUUGUUCAGCAACCAUGAAAAUCACAUACUGCAUUUUAAGUUUCUUCCAGCUGCUCUCCCUAACUGGCUCUUCUGAGAGUGGAAUAGUAGGUGGUAGGGUUGCAAAACCUCAUUCUAGACCCUACAUGGCAUCUCUUCAAGUCGAUGAACAUCAUAGAUGUGGUGGGAUACUCAUUCGGGAGGACUUUGUUCUAACUGCAGCACACUGCAAACUAUCGGAUCACAUGACAGUAGUACUUGGAGCACAUGAUAUAAGCAAGAGAGAGAAAAGUCAGCAACGGAUUCAAGUGGCCGAGUUCUAUCCACACAAGAGAUUUAAUGGAAAUACUGAUUAUGACAUCAUGUUACUCAAGUUAAAACACAGUGCCACUCUGAACAAGUACGUAAAUGUCAUCAGACUACCUAAGAGAGAUGACGAAAUCCUGGCCAACAUUAACUGUGAAGUUGCUGGAUGGGGCUAUACAGAACCAGAUGGAUGUCCCUCAAGCGUACUGAAGGAGACCAAGGAAAAGAUGCAAUUCCCCUUUGAGUGCAAGAAAAUUUGGGCUGAUUCCUUCAAUAGUCAGCACAUGAUAUGCACUAAAUUUGACAAAAAGAAGGGAGGGAUUUGCAAGGGGGAUUCAGGGGGACCACUUAUGUGCAAGAGCAAACUUCAGGGUAUAACUGCUUUCACCUUAAAAAGUGAUUGUAAUAAUCCCAAGUAUCCCCAUGUCUUCACCAAAAUCCAGUUUUUUCUUCCCUGGAUUGAGAAACGGAUCACUGGAUAGUUGAACGUGGCUCAUAAAGGUUAUAGUUUCAGACCACAGAGGUCAGUCAUAAUGCAAACUUUUGAAGUUGAACCGUUUCCUGUCUGUGAAACCCGUCAUCUGCGGAGAAAGUGAAAGUAAUGUGUUUAAAGGAACUGUUCAUUUUAAAUUUAGAGCCAAGUACUAGCUACUAACAAUGUCAUAAUGUAUUGAAGUUAAAAUAUCUAUCCAUCAAAAAUAUGAAUGUCAUUGUUUUUUGUUUUAUAAGUGAAAUAAAGAUGAGAUGAAAUACACACCUGA